UCAACAUUUUAGAUUAUUGCUCUGAGGAUAGAAAUAUUGAUUUUUAUGAUUUUCCAUUUUCUGCCUGCUGCUUCCAUGUGUCCUGCUUCUACCAAGCAUCUACCUAAGUUAUACCACUUUCUAUAAAAACCAAACGCUUAUAGGUACCUGUAGGUACCCGUCUAUUUACUAUUUACAUAAAUUACAAAUUAGUGUAGAUUAGAGGUUAUCUCCAGGACAGAAAUUUGAUUGUAAUUUUUAAUUUUUGAGUCAGUAAAUAGGUAUAGUUAUCCGGUUAUAUUUCUAAAAGUAAUCACUCUACUUUCAUAUUUAAUAUGGAAGGAAAUAAACUGGAUAUUUCUGGCAAGACAUCUUCAGAUCCGCCCCCUUCGUCUUAUAAACCUAUACCAGAAAAAGAUAUGGAAGAUGAUGCACUUUCUCGACCUAAAUCUUUAGUUAAAGUUAAAACAAGCUCAGAGGCAGAUGGUGCAGAUGAAAAAAUGUUGCCUCACGAUAAGCCAGCUGAAAUAAUUUGUAACGAGAAAAGUCCCCAAAAUGGUGAUGCAAAACUUGAUAUUAUGGAGGAAAAAUCUGCAUUUGUUGGCUUAACUAAGGAAGAACUGAUGAAAUACGCCAAUGACCCAUUUUGGGUACGAUUGAGGUGGUUCCUCUUUAUCACAUUUUGGGCUUUAUGGGUAACAAUGCUUAUUGGAGCAGUGUUGAUAAUAUAUGCUGCCCCUAAAUGUGAUCCUCCACCACCAAGAACAUGGUGGCAGAAAGGACCUUUAACAAACCUGAAAGAACCUACACUAGAAAAUGUUAAACAUCUGGAUAAAAACAUUAAGGGAGUUAUUAUCACAUGGCCACAUGAUAUAUAUGGUUAUUUAGAUAAUAUAUCCAUUAUACAGGCAAUAAGUGCUGUCAAAAAUCAAGGCUCAAAUGUUAUUAUUGAACUGGAUCCUACCACCUCCAAUGUUUGGUUCAAUAGAUCUGAAAAGAAAGAUCCUGAAUUUAUUGAUUAUUAUAUUUGGAAAGAAGGAUCUAACAAUGCCAGAGAUGGUUCAACUUCUCCACCAAACAAUUGGGUCAGUCAGAAGAAUGUGUCAGCUUGGAAAUAUUCUGAAACCAGAAAUGAAUACUACUAUUCUCCUUUUGAUAAGCCUCAUUUAAAUUUCCGAAACAAGGCAGUAUUGCAGCAAUUUACUAAUGUAAUACAAAAAUUCCUUGCAUUGAAUGCAUCUGGUGUAUCUAUACACAAUGCUGCAUAUUUGCUUGUGGACUCUAAUUUUGAGAAUGAAGACACCAUAAACCCACAUUCCACAGUUGGACAUACGCAGUAUCCAUUUUAUAAGCACACUAAAACACAUAAUUUGCCAGAAAUUGGUUCACUGUUUAAAGAACUCAGAUCGUUUAUUAGGAAUAAAACAGAAAAUGGUCCCUUGCUAGUGGCAGAGAGUUUGGGUAAAGUUGAAUCAUAUAAGGUUAAUGAGUCUCUUAUGGUGGAUAUGCCUCUUAAUUCUAAUGUAUUUUCCAAGACAACGAUUUCAGUUAAUGAAACUGUAAAUAGUUUAAACUACACAUUCAAUAUUGAUAAUAUUGAGUGGCCAUUGUGGCAGGCAACAUCCAGUGGUUAUCCUAGGGAUGUAUUGAAUAUUGUAACAUAUUUGUUACCUGGAGCACCUCUGAUUAAUUUCAAUGAAACAGUGGAUUCAGAUUUAUUGAAAAUAAGAGAAAGUCCUUCCAUCAUGAGGGGUAUUUGCGGAGUAUAUGGUUUGCAAAACAAUACAGUUUUGGCUUUCUUCAGGGUUACACCAGGCAGCCCGGGUGUUUUUGUGGCAUUCAAUCCUACAAACCAGACAUCUGUAAUCGAUAUACCUAGCGAAAUUCCUCCUUUGGCAAAGCUGGAGGAGGUCACUGUUAGGUAUUUCAGUCAGAACUAUAACGAGACAGCGUUCAUGGACGUUGGGGUUAAGAGGGGAGCAAGGUCUGUUCCAGUGACUGCAAAAUCUGCAAUUGUGUUGGAGUAUGUACCUAAGAGGGAGGAGUAAACUUUUAUUUGUAAUUAUUGCAUUCCGCUCAUCUGAAAUAAAUUGCUGUUAUUGAAUAGAGCGGGAUAAUAAAAAUGAUAAGUUGCUUUGAAACAUUAUUGUAUUUGCAGUUAAAAUAUAUUUGCUAGCAUUAAAGAGUA